ACAUAUGUGUGGCUCCAGAGUCAGUAGGAGGGUUUGAGAGGGAACAGAUCCGUGAGCAGCUAGGGGGAUUCAUUGGCCGCUUUUCCGUUGGAAGACUUAGGAGAUUCAUGUCGGGAAUCAUCUAUGGAAAUCCUUUCAGAGCAGAUGACAGGACGUUUGAAGAGCUCACUCACUCUGAUAUGUACAUGGAUGAUGUUGUGACGGACUACUAUGAGAAGGCUGCCAGCAUGACGGACCUGUCCACAGCCUACCUGCGGGAUGAAAAACACACACGUGUAAAUUUGCUCAACCAUAACAUACCUAAAGGACCGUGUGCCUUGUGUGGAAUGGGCCACCAGAGGCGUGAGACUGUCUACGGCUGCCUGGAAUGUUCUUCAGGGGGAAACAAAUAUGUCCGUCUCCACGCUGUACCAUGCUUUGACCUCUGGCAUAAAACUAUGAGGUGAGAAAUGGCCUGGAGUAACUCCCAGGGUGAUUAUCAUGCAAAUGUUGUGCAACAUGACCACAAGAUGUAAAACCCCCGGCUUUAAUUUUGGCAAAAACACAUUUUAUGAAAGCAAGAAUGUUCUUUGCUCAUUGUUAGUGGAACUGACAUUGUAAAACAGAUGAUUUCAACAAAUUCUAAAAGAUCUGACCUCAAUCUGGUUAUUAAGUAAUUUGUUUCGUGAUUGAUAUAUAAUGUUUCCUUGUUUUCUCAGCUUGUAUGAGAGUACAUUAUUAUACCCCUAGUAUCAUAGAUGUUAAAUAAUAAUUAUUAUCUAGUAUCUACUU